AUGGGUGACUCACUGGAGGCGACCAUCCCGAGCAUGGGGAGCGAGCCGCCACCAUCCGUGGAGGCGGAGACGGUCGCCAUUAUCGAUUUCGAUAAUUUUUCCAACUAUCUUCGGAAGGCGAUUACGGUCCUGCUGCCAGAGGAUGAUAUGAAGUCGUUCGGUCCCUUGAAUGGUGCCCUCGAGGACAGCAUGAAUCAGGACUGCAUUCGGAAGUUCAUCUCCGACCCGCAAACGCAGGCUCUAUACAUUCAGCGGAACUGCUUCAAAGACGAUGAAAAUGAACCACCAACCGAGGGCGAAGAGGAAAAGGAUUCCAUCACGUACUACUUUGGGAACGAUGUCCAUUUCACCAACCAACGGAUGGCGUCGCUGGUGUGCGUCAAGCGGGGCUCGUUGAUCGAGGCGGACAAAUCGAUCCACUCGCAGGUCCGACUGAUCAACUUUUCCGAGGGAUCACCCUACGAAACCCUACACUCGUUCAUCAGCAAAACCCUUGCGCCGUACUUCAAGAGUUACGUGAAGGAAUCGGGUCGUGCCGAUCGCGACGGUGACAAGAUGGCCCCGUCGGUUGAAAAGAAGUUGGCCGAGCUGGAGAUGGGACUGUUGCAUCUGCAGCAAAACAUCGACAUCCCGGAGGUCACGCUCAACAUCAACGGCACCGUGGCUCAGAUGGUGAAGAAGUGUGCCGACGAGCAGCGUAAGGCGAAGAUAACCGACUUCGGUGACAAGGUGCAGGAUUCCACCUUCCUGAACACGCUGCAGAAUGGGGUCAAUCGGUGGAUUAAGGAAAUUCAGAAAGUAACCAAACUCGACCGUGACCCCUCGUCGGGAACGGCACUGCAGGAGAUAUCGUUCUGGUUGAACCUCGAGCGGGCGCUGCAUCGCAUUCAGGAGAAGCGCGAAUCGCCCGAGGUUGCCCUCACGCUGAACAUCCUCAAGCAUGGUAAGCGCUUCCACGCGACCGUUUCGUUCGACACGGACACCGGUCUCAAACAGACGCUAGCGAUGGUGGCCGAUUACAACCCGCUGAUGAAGGACUUUCCGAUCAACGAUCUGCUGUCGGCGACGGAGCUAGAUAAGAUCCGCCAGGCGGUCCAUUCGAUCUUCAACCAUCUGCGCAAGAUCCGAAACACCAAGUACCCGAUCCAGCGCUGCUUGAGACUGAUCGAAGCGAUCUCGCGCGAUCUUAGCCAACAGCUGCUGAAGGUGCUAGGAACGCGACGCCUGAUGCAUAUUCCGUUCGAUGAGUUCGAGCGCGUCAUGAAUCAGUGUUUCGAGGUGUUUAGCUGCUGGGACGACGAGUACGAUAAGCUGCUGGGCACGCUGCGCGAAAUCGUCAAGCGGAAGCGUGACGAACACAUUAAAAUGGUGUGGCGUAUUUCACCGGCGCACAAGAUCCUACAGCAGCGCAUGGAGCACAUGCGUAAGUUCCGCCGUCAGCACGAACAGCUGCGCACGGUGAUCGUACGCGUGCUGCGCCCGGCCCGGCAACCAUCCGUGUUGCCGACCGUGCCCGUCGGUGAUGGUGGUGCCGAUGGAAAGCAACCGUACAGUCUGGAUACGGCCGAUGCCAACGCGAUAGAGGAGGUCAACCUCGCGUACGAGAACGUGAAGGAGAUCGAGUGCUUGGACAUCUCGAAGGAGGGCUCCGAGGCGUGGGACGCCGCGAUCAAGCGCUACGAGGAGCGCAUCGAUCGGGUUGAGGCGCGCAUCACGGCCCAUUUGCGCGAUCAGCUCGGAACGGCGAAGAAUGCAAACGAAAUGUUUCGUAUCUUUUCGCGCUUCAAUGCGCUCUUCGUGCGACCCCACAUCCGUGGGGCGAUCCGCGAGUACCAAACGCAGCUCAUCCAGCGCGUAAAGGACGACAUUGAAUCGUUGCACGAAAAGUUUAAGGUGCAAUAUCCUCAAAGCAAGAGCUGCCGAUUGUCAGUCGUACGUGAUCUUCCUCCCGUCGCUGGAUCGAUCAUAUGGGCACGGCAGAUCGAUAACCAGUUGACCAUGUACCUCAAGCGCGUUGAGGACGUUCUGGGUCGCGGCUGGGAAUCGCACAUUGAUGGGCAAAAACUGAAAGCGGACGGUGACAGCUUCCGGGCGAAGCUGUCCACGGCCGAAGUGUUUCAAGACUGGGCGCGCAAGGUGCAGGAACGUAAUACCGGUAUUACCGGGCGUAUCUUCUCGAUCGAAGCUACUCGAUCGCGCACCGGCCGUGGCAAUACGCUCCGUUUGCGGGUGAACUUCCUGCCGGAAAUAAUCACCCUCUACAAGGAGGUGCGCAAUCUAAAGAGUCUCGGUUUCCGGGUGCCGCUCGCGAUCGUCAACAAGGCCCACCAAGCGAACCAGCUUUAUCCGUUUGCGAUUUCGUUGAUCGAAAGCAUUCGCACGUACGAGCGAACGCUGGAAAAGCUAAACAAUAGGACAUUAGCACAAAAUUCAGUAUUUAAGAUUGAGGACCGAGCCAGUAUCAUACCGCUGGUGGCUGGACUGCGCAAGGAAGUGCUGCAGCUAAUCUCCGAGGGUAUUGCGCUGGUCUGGGAAAGCUACAAGCUGGACCCGUACGUGCAGCGCCUGUCGGAGAAUGUGGUUUCUUUCCAGGAGAAGGUCGAAGAUCUGCUGGUGGUCGAGGAGCAGCUCGAUGUGGACGUGCGUUCGCUCGAAACGUGCCCGUACAGUGCGGCCACGUUCGCUGACAUCCUGUCGAAGAUCCAGCACGCCGUCGACGAUCUGUCGCUGAAACAGUACUCGAACCUACACGUUUGGGUUUCGCGGUUGGAUGAGGAGGUCGAAAAGAAGCUGGCCGCACGACUGCAAGCCGGAGUGCAAGCGUGGACCGAUGCACUGACCGGCAACAAGAAGGAACUCGACCUGUCGAUGGACACCGACGCGCCGACUCAGCCUACCAUUCGGCCCGGUGGUGAUCCGCAGAUUCAGCGGGCAAUUCACGAGAUUCGCAUCACCAACCAGCAGAUGUAUCUGUAUCCAUCGAUCGAGGAAGCCCGCUUCCAGAUCAUGCAGCAACUGUUUGCCUGGGAAGCGAUCGUAACAUCGCAGACGCGUUUGCAAAGUUCGCGCUAUCAGGUCGGGCUCGAUAAGCCGGUUUCGCAAACGUACCGUAAUUUGCUCACGAAACUUCCGACCGGUUCGGAUCCACUCGAGGGCGCGUACGGGGCGAUCGAGAACCAGAUAACGGAGGUGCGCAACUACGUCGACGAGUGGCUGCGCUACCAGAGCCUGUGGGAUCUGCAGGCCGACAUCCUGUACGGUCGGCUCGGUGAAGACAUCAAUCUGUGGAUCAAGUGUUUGAACGAUAUUAAGAAAUCGCGCACCACAUUCGACACAUCAGACACCCGGCGCGCUUACGGUCCGAUCGUGAUCGAUUACGCCAAGGUACAGGCGAAGGUCACGCUCAAGUACGACUCGUGGCACAAGGAGGCGCUCAGCAAGUUUGGCUCACUGCUCGGCAACGAGAUGAGCACGUUCCACACGAAAGUGUCCAAGAGCCGCAGCGAUCUCGAGCAGCAGAGCAUCGAAGCGGCCAGCACGUCGGAUGCGGUGUGUUUCAUCACGUACGUGCAGUCGCUCAAAAAGGAAAUGCUCGUUUGGGACAAGCAGGUUGAAGUGUACCGCGAAGCCCAGCGCAUCCUGGAGCGCCAGCGCUUCCAGUUCCCCAACAACUGGCUGCACGUGGACAACAUCGAAGGUGAGUGGUCCGCGUUCAAUGAGAUCAUGAAGCGCAAGGAUUCCGCCAUCCAGACGCAGGUCGCCAGCUUGCAGGCGAAGAUCGUUGCCGAAGACAAGGCGGUCGAGACGCGCACGGUCGAUUUCUUGAACGAUUGGGAAAAGAACAAACCGACGGGCGGAAGAACGCGUCCCGAUGAUGCCCUUCAGCAGCUGCACAUUUUCGAGACCAAGUUCUCGCGCUUGAAGGAAGAGCGCGAUAACGUUGCGAAAGCAAAGGAAGCGCUCGAACUGCAGGAAUCGGCAAUCCCGAACAACAGCACCGAGCGGAUGAGCGUGGUGCUGGAAGAGCUGCAAGAUUUGCGCGGUGUCUGGAGCGAACUGUCGAAGGUUUGGGCCCAAAUCGACGAGACGCGCGAAAAACCGUGGCUGUCGGUUCAACCGCGCAAGCUGCGUCAAUCUCUCGAGGCAAUGAUGAACCAACUGAAGGAGCUUCCGGCCCGGUUGCGUAUGUACGAGAGUUACGAGUACGUUAAGAAGCUGCUCCAGAGCUACAUCAAGGUGAACAUGAUGAUCGUGGAGCUAAAGUCGGACGCACUGAAGGAGCGCCACUGGAAGCAGUUGACAAAGCAGUUGCGCGUCAGCUGGGUGCUUUCCGAUCUGACACUCGGCCAGGUUUGGGAUGUAAAUCUGCUGAAAAACGAAUCGAUCGUGAAGGACAUCAUCCUUGUGGCGCAGGGUGAGAUGGCACUCGAGGAGUUCCUGAAGCAGGUGCGCGAAAGUUGGCAAAACUACGAACUGGAUCUGAUCAACUAUCAGAACAAGUGCCGCAUCAUCCGCGGCUGGGACGAUCUGUUCAACAAGGUGAAGGAGCACAUUAACUCGGUGGCCGCCAUGAAACUGUCACCGUACUAUAAGGUGUUCGAGGAGGAAGCCCUCACCUGGGAGGAGAAACUGAACCGGAUCAACUCGCUGUUCGACGUUUGGAUCGAUGUCCAGCGCCGUUGGGUGUACCUGGAGGGUAUCUUCUCCGGCAGUGCCGACAUCAAGACGCUGCUGCCAGUCGAAACAUCUCGCUUCCAGAGCAUCAGCUCGGAGUUUCUGGGGCUCAUGAAGAAGGUGGCCAAAUCGCCCAAGGUGAUGGACGUACUGAACAUUCCCGCCGUGCAGCGAUCGCUCGAACGGUUGGCCGAUUUGUUGGGGAAAAUCCAGAAAGCGCUCGGUGAGUAUCUCGAGCGCGAGCGGACCUCGUUCCCGCGGUUCUACUUUGUCGGAGACGAGGAUUUGCUCGAGAUCAUCGGUAACAGCAAGAACGUGGCCCGCCUGCAGAAACACUUCAAAAAGAUGUUUGCUGGCGUGGCCUCGAUUCUGCUGAACGAGGACAACACCGUCAUCCUGGGCAUUGCUUCGCGCGAAGGCGAAGAGGUACGUUUUAUCAAACCCGUCUCGACGGUCGACCAUCCGAAGAUCAACGAGUGGUUGUCGCUGGUCGAGAAGGAGAUGCGCUUUACGCUCGCUUCGUACCUUGCGCAAGCGGUGCAGGAUAUUAAGCAGUUCAAGGACGUGAUCGAUACGCAAAAGUACAUGGAAUGGUGCGACAAGUAUCAGGCCCAGAUCGUGGUACUCGCCGCUCAGAUCCUUUGGUCGGAAGAUGUUGAGAAUGCUCUGCAACAAACGUCCGAAGGGACAGCUGCUAGUGGAAAGGAUGCGAAGAGCACCCCACUGCAGCGAGUGCUGUGCACGGUCGAGAAGACGCUGAACGUGCUAGCGGACUCGGUACUCCAGGAGCAGCCGGCACUGCGACGCAAAAAGCUUGAACAUCUGAUCAACGAGUUCGUCCACAAGCGAACCGUUACGCGCCGCCUGAUCGCACACGGUGUUAACAAUCCGAAGUCGUUCCACUGGCUGUGCGAGAUGCGGUUCUACUUUGACCCACGCCAAACGGAGGUCCUACAGCAGCUCACGAUCCACAUGGCGAACGCACGGUUCUACUACGGAUUCGAGUAUCUCGGAGUGCAGGACCGGUUGGUGCAAACGCCACUAACCGAUCGCUGCUACCUCACGAUGACGCAAGCGCUCGAGGCACGGCUCGGCGGAUCACCGUUCGGGCCGGCCGGUACCGGCAAGACGGAAUCGGUCAAGGCGCUCGGUAAUCAGCUGGGCCGCUUCGUGCUCGUGUUCAACUGUGACGAAACGUUCGACUUCCAGGCGAUGGGCCGCAUCUUUGUCGGUCUGUGUCAGGUCGGUGCUUGGGGCUGCUUCGACGAGUUCAAUCGGCUGGAGGAGCGCAUGCUGUCGGCCGUGUCGCAACAAAUUCAAACAAUCCAGGAAGCGCUCAAAUCGCAGCAAGACUCCACCAACCGCGACGCACAGGCGGGCAUCACAGUCGAACUGGUCGGCAAGCAGGUGCGCGUAUCGACCGAUAUGGCCAUCUUUAUCACGAUGAACCCCGGCUACGCGGGCCGCUCGAAUCUGCCGGACAAUCUGAAGAAACUGUUCCGCUCGCUCGCGAUGACCACACCCGAUCGGCAGCUGAUCGCGGAGGUGAUGCUGUUCAGCCAGGGUUUCCGCACGGCCGAGAAACUGGCCUGCAAGAUCGUGCCCUUCUUUAAACUGUGCGACGAGCAGCUCUCCAACCAAUCACACUACGACUUUGGGCUGCGUGCACUCAAAUCGGUGCUGGUUUCCGCUGGCAACGUGAAGCGCGAUCGCAUCAUGCGUAUCAAGGACAUGAUGAGACAGCGGGGGGACGAAAAAAUCGACGAAGCAUCGAUCGCAGAGAGCCUUCCCGAGCAGGAGAUUCUCAUUCAGUCCGUGUGCGAAACGAUGGUCCCAAAACUGGUGGCGGAGGACAUUCCGCUCCUGUUUUCGCUGUUGAGUGACGUGUUCCCGAACGUUGGGUACACCCGUGCCGAGAUGAAGGGUCUGAAGGACGAAAUCCGUAAGGUGUGCGCCGAAGAGUAUCUGGUUUGCGGUGAAGGCGACGAACAGGGCGGCGCCUGGAUGGAGAAGGGAUUUGGCGAAACAUGGGUUGACAAAGUACUGCAAUUGUAUCAAAUCUCCAACUUGAACCAUGGUCUCAUGAUGGUUGGCCCGUCGGGCUCAGGAAAAUCGACCGCCUGGAAGGUGCUGCUCAAGGCUCUCGAACGCUUCGAGGGAACCGAGGGUGUCGCUCACGUCAUCGACCCGAAGGCCAUCUCGAAGGAAGCGCUCUACGGUGUGCUCGAUCCGAAUACGCGCGAAUGGACCGACGGUCUGUUUACGCACAUUCUGCGCAAAAUCAUCGACAACGUGCGCGGCGAAAUCAACAAACGCCAGUGGAUCAUCUUCGACGGAGACGUCGAUCCGGAGUGGGUCGAGAACCUUAACUCGGUGCUAGAUGACAACAAGCUGCUAACGCUGCCGAAUGGUGAACGAUUGUCGCUGCCACCGAACGUGCGCAUCAUGUUCGAGGUGCAGGACCUUAAGUACGCCACCCUGGCGACCGUUUCUCGGUGCGGUAUGGUUUGGUUCUCGGAAGACGUCCUCUCGACGGAGAUGAUCUUCGAGAACUACAUGUUACGGUUGCGCCACAUCCCCCUGGAGGAUGGGGAAGAGGAAAGUUUCAGCGGCCAGCCAAAGAGUGCCGACAAGGAGGACGAAGUAACGCCGGCGCUGCAGACGCAGCGUGAGAUUGCGGCCCUGAUGCAGCCGUACUUCUCGUCCGACGGGCUGGUGGUUCGCUGUCUCGAGUAUGCCAUGGGCCAGGAACACAUCAUGGACUUUACGCGUCUCCGUGCACUCAGUUCGCUGUUUUCGAUGCUCAAUCAGGGUGCACGCAAUGUGUUGACCUUCAACCAGCAACACCCGGACUUCCCGGUUCCACCGGAGCAGCUGGAACAGUACAUCCCGAAACUGUUGAUCUACUCGAUGCUGUGGUCGUUUGCCGGUGACUCCAAGCUGAAGGUGCGCUCCGAUUUGGGCGAUUUCUUGCGCAGCAUUACGACCGUUACGCUGCCCGUGCAGGGCGCAAAUCCGAUCAUUGACUUCGAGGUCAACAUCGGAGGCGAUUGGGUGCCAUGGUCGAACAAGGUCCCCGUCAUUGAGAUCGAAACCCACAAAGUGGCCGCACCGGACGUCGUCGUGCCAACACUCGAUACCGUGCGCCACGAAUCGCUUCUGUACACGUGGCUUGCCGAACAUAAGCCGCUCGUUCUUUGCGGUCCUCCCGGUUCCGGUAAAACGAUGACACUCUUCUCGGCCCUCCGAGCCCUUCCCGAUAUGGAGGUCGUUGGGUUGAACUUCUCGUCCGCAACGACACCGGAACUGUUGCUCAAAACGUUCGAUCAUUACUGCGAGUACCGCAAAACACCGAACGGUGUGGUGCUGGCACCGGUACAGCUUGGCAAGUGGCUUGUGCUGUUCUGUGAUGAGAUCAAUCUGCCCGACAUGGACUCGUACGGCACGCAGCGGGUGAUUUCUUUCCUCCGCCAGCUGGUCGAGCAUAAGGGCUUCUACCGUGCGGCCGAUCAAUCGUGGGUUACGCUCGAACGCAUACAGUUUGUGGGCGCCUGUAACCCACCGACCGAUCCAGGACGUAAGCCGCUUAGCCAUCGGUUCUUGCGCCACGUUCCCAUCAUCUACGUCGACUAUCCGGGAGAAACUUCGCUCAAGCAGAUCUACGGCACGUUCAGCCGUGCGAUGCUGCGAUUGAUGCCGAACCUGCGGGGCUACGCCGAGCCACUGACGAACGCGAUGGUUGAGUUCUAUCUUGCUUCGCAGGAUCGUUUCACGCAGGACAUGCAACCGCACUACGUGUACUCACCGCGAGAGAUGACGCGCUGGGUGCGUGGUAUUUGCGAAGCGAUCCGCCCACUGGACAACCUGCCCGUGGAGGGACUCGUGCGACUGUGGGCGCACGAAGCACUUCGGUUGUUCCAGGACCGUUUGGUGGAGGAAUCGGAACGGCGGUGGACGAACGAGAACAUUGAUCUGGUGGCGAUGAAGCACUUCCCAAGCGUCGAUCGUGACAGGGCACUCGCGCGACCGAUCCUUUACAGCAACUGGCUAUCGAAGGACUACAUGCCGGUUAAUCGGGACGAGCUGCGUGACUACGUCAAGGCUCGAUUGAAGGUGUUCUACGAGGAAGAGCUGGACGUUCCGCUCGUGCUGUUCGAUGAGGUGCUCGAGCACGUGCUGCGUAUCGAUCGUAUCUUCCGCCAACCACAGGGCCACCUGCUGCUGAUCGGUGUGUCGGGUGCUGGCAAGACAACGCUCUCGCGAUUCGUCGCGUGGAUGAACGGUUUGUCGAUCUUCCAGAUCAAGGUGCACAACAAGUACACGAGCGAAGACUUUGACGAAGAUCUGCGCUGUGUGCUGCGCCGGUCGGGCUGCAAGGACGAGAAGAUCGCCUUCAUACUGGACGAAUCGAACGUGCUGGAUUCUGGCUUCCUCGAGCGCAUGAACACACUGCUGGCAAACGGUGAAGUGCCCGGUCUGUUCGAGGGUGACGAGUACACGACCCUCAUGACGCAGUGCAAGGAAGGAGCGCAACGCGAGGGUCUUAUGCUUGACUCGAGCGACGAGCUGUACAAGUGGUUUACGCAGCAAGUGAUGCGCAAUCUGCAUGUCGUCUUCACGAUGAACCCCUCGACCGAUGGGUUGAAGGAUCGUGCCGCGACGUCACCGGCCCUGUUUAACCGCUGCGUGCUGAACUGGUUCGGCGACUGGUCCGACUCGGCAUUGUUCCAAGUUGGCAAAGAGUUUACCAUUCGUGUCGAUCUCGAGAAACCCACCUGGAGCGCACCCGACUUCUUCCCGGCCGUGUGCCCGUUGGUAUCGAACACCCCAUCACACCGUGAUGCGGUCAUUAAUAGCUGCGUGUACGUCCAUCAGACACUGCACAAAGCGAACGCUCGCCUUGCGAAGCGUGGCAGCCGCACCAUGGCCAUUACUCCGCGCCACUAUCUGGACUUUAUUCACCACUUCGUGAAGCUGUACUCGGAGAAACGGAGCGAUCUCGAAGAGCAGCAACUGCACCUGAACGUGGGCCUCAACAAGAUCGCCGAAACGGUCGAACAGGUCGAAGAGAUGCAGAAAUCGUUGGCCGUAAAGUCGCAGGAGCUGCAAGCGAAGAACGAAGCCGCCAACGCUAAGCUGAAACAGAUGUUCAAGGAUCAGCAGGAGGCGGAAAUCAAGAAGGUGCAAUCGCAAGAAAUUCAACACCAGCUGGCCGAACAGACGGUCAAGAUCGAAGAGAAACGGAAGGACGUUAUGGCCGAUCUGGCCCAAGUGGAACCAGCCGUUAUCGAUGCGCAAGCCGCGGUCAAAUCGAUCAAGAAGCAGCAUCUCGUCGAGGUACGCUCCAUGGCGAAUCCACCGGCCGUGGUUAAGCUGGCACUGGAGUCGAUCUGCCUGCUGUUGGGCGAGAACGCAUCGGACUGGAAAUCCAUUCGGGCCGUUAUUAUGCGGGAAAACUUUAUCAACUUGAUUGUGUCUAGUUUCAGUACCGAAGACAUAACCGAUGAGGUGCGUGAAAAGAUGAAAUCGAAGUAUCUCAGCAACCCGGAUUACAACUUCGAAAAGGUGAACCGCGCCUCGAUGGCCUGUGGUCCGAUGGUGAAAUGGGCCAUCGCACAGGUCGAGUACGCGGACAUGCUGAAGCGCGUGGAACCGCUGCGGGAUGAGCUGGGUUCGCUGGAGCACCAGGCCGACACGAACAUCAAGCACGGCCAGGAGGUGAAGGAACUGAUCGCCCAGCUGGAGCAAAGUAUUGCCGCGUACAAGGAAGAGUACGCGCAGCUGAUCUCGCAAGCGCAAGCCAUUAAGACGGAUCUGGAGAACGUACAAGCGAAGGUGGACCGUUCGAUUGCGCUGCUGAAGAGUUUGGUGAUCGAACGCGAACGUUGGGAGGCCACGAGUGAAACAUUCCGCUCGCAGAUGUCCACCAUCGUCGGCGAUGUGCUGCUUUCGGCCGCCUUCAUUGCGUAUGGUGGCUACUUCGAUCAGCACUAUCGCAGCAACCUUUUCUCGACCUGGUGUCAACACUUGCAGUCGGCGAGCAUACAGUUCCGGCCGGAUAUUGCGCGCACUGAGUAUCUGUCCAAUCCGGACGAACGGUUGCGCUGGCAAGCGAACGCCCUACCGACCGAUGAUCUGUGCACCGAGAAUGCGAUCAUGUUGAAGCGCUUCAAUCGCUACCCGCUCAUCAUCGACCCGUCCGGUCAGGCGACGGAGUUCAUCUUGAACGAGUUCAAGGACAAGAAAAUCACCAAGACCAGCUUCUUGGACGACUCGUUCCGCAAGAAUCUCGAGUCGGCGCUCCGCUUCGGCAACCCGCUCCUGGUGCAGGAUGUUGAGAACUACGAUCCGAUUCUCAAUCCGGUGCUGAAUCGCGAGCUUCGUCGUACGGGUGGUCGUGUGCUGAUUACGCUUGGCGAUCAAGACAUUGAUCUUUCACCCUCAUUCGUGAUCUUCCUAUCGACGCGUGACCCAACGGUCGAGUUCCCGCCCGAUAUCUGCUCUCGGGUGACGUUCGUGAACUUUACCGUCACCCGCAGCUCGCUGCAAUCGCAGUGCCUGAACCAGGUGCUAAAGGCCGAACGGCCCGAUAUCGACGAGAAGCGUUCGGAUCUACUGAAGCUACAGGGUGAGUUCCACCUGCGGCUGCGGCAACUCGAGAAGAGCUUACUGCAAGCGCUGAACGACGCAAAGGGUAAAAUCCUGGACGACGAUUCCGUCAUCACGACGCUCGAGACACUCAAAAAGGAAGCGGCCGAUAUUGGCCAGAAGGUGGAAGAGACGGACAAGGUGAUCGCUGAGAUCGAAACCGUGUCGCAGCAGUACCUGUCGCUGUCGCAAGCCUGCUCCAACAUCUACUUCACGAUGGACAGCCUCAACCAGGUGCACUUCCUGUAUCAAUACUCGCUGAAGAUGUUCCUCGACAUAUUCAGCACCGUACUGCACAACAACCCGAAGCUCGAGGGCAAAACCGACUACACGGGCCGCCUGUUGAUCAUCACGUCCGAUCUCUAUCGCGUGUGCUACGAUCGGGUCGCGCGUGGCAUGCUUCACGCCGAUCGGCUCACGUUUGCCAUUCUGCUCUGCCGCAUACACCUGAAGGGUACAUCGGAAGCAAACCUCGACCAGGAGUUUAACUUCUUCCUGCGCAACAAGGAGGGCCUGGUGGCAUCGGCGGUGCACGUCGACGGCGUCAGUGCUGAGCAGCUUGAAUCGGUGACACGCCUAGCGACCCGGCUACCGAUCUACCGAAAGUUGCUCGACAAGAUUAAGGCAAUGCCGGAACUGACUGCUUGGCUGCAGCAAGGGUCACCCGAGCAGAACGUUCCGAUCCUGUGGGACGAAUCGAAGGCUCUUUCGGCCGUUUCGGCUGCCAUGCACCAGCUGCUGCUGAUUCAGGCAUUCCGACCCGAUCGAGUGAUCGCCGCGGCACACCUCUUCGUGUCGACCGUGCUCGGAGAGGACUUUAUGCCGCAAGCCGAGAAGGAAAUGGACUUUGCUACGUGCGUCGACAAGGAACUGGCCAGUAACACGCCGGCCCUGCUCUGCUCCGUCACCGGGUACGAUGCGUCUUCCCGUGUGGACGAUUUGGCCGCCGAGCUGAACAAACAGAUCUCCAGCAUCGCGAUUGGUUCGGCCGAGGGCUUCAACCAGGCCGAGAGAGUCAUCAACAUGGCCUGCAAAUCGGGCCGCUGGGUGCUGCUGAAGAACGUUCACCUGGCGCCGCAAUGGUUGGUGCAGCUGGAGAAGAAACUGCACUCGCUGCAACCACACUCCGGGUUCCGGCUCUUCCUCACGAUGGAGAUCAAUCCGAAGGUGCCGGUUAACUUGCUGCGUGCUGGACGGAUCUUUGUCUACGAACCACCGCCCGGCAUUCGGGCCAAUCUGUUGCGCACCUUCUCGACGGUCCCGGCCGCACGCAUGAUGAAGCAACCGAGCGAACGUGCCCGGCUCUACUUCCUGCUGUCCUGGUUCCACGCGAUCGUCCAGGAACGUUUGCGCUACGUGCCGCUCGGAUGGGCCAAGAAGUACGAGUUCAACGAGUCGGAUUUGCGGGUCGCCUGCGAUACACUCGACACGUGGAUCGAUGCGACCGCGAUGGGACGCACAAACCUGCCACCCGAGAAGGUGCCAUGGGAUGCGCUGGUAACGCUUCUCUCGCAGAGCAUCUACGGCGGUAAGAUCGAUAACGAUUUCGAUCAGCGGUUGCUGUCGUCCUUCCUCUCUAAGCUCUUCACGGCGCACAGCUUCGAGGCCGAGUUUGCGCUCGUGGCCAACGUGGAUGGGGUGGCCGGAGGACCGAACGGCCAGCGGCACAUUACGAUGCCGGACGGUACGCGUCGUGAUCACUUCCUCAAGUGGAUCGAAGCAUUGGCAGACCGCCAAACGCCCUCGUGGCUUGGGUUACCCAACAAUGCCGAAAAGGUGCUGCUGACCACAAGGGGAACGGAUUUGAUCAGCAAGCUGCUGAAAAUGCAGCAACUCGAGGACGACGACGAGCUGGCGUACAGUAACGACGAAAGUCUCGAUACGAUGCAAACCCGCCAAGAGGAUGGCCGCCCGUCGUGGAUGAAAACGUUGCACAACAGUGCCCUAACGUGGCUCGAGCUGUUGCCGAAGAGUUUGGCCACCCUGAAGCGAACGGUGGAGAACAUCAAAGACCCACUGUAUCGGUACUUUGAGCGCGAAGUUUCGUCCGGUGCCAAACUGUUGCAAACCGUGGUCAGCGAUCUGCAAGACGUGGUGUUGAUCUGUCAGGGCGAAAAGAAGCAAACGAACUACCACCGGACGAUGCUGAGUGAGCUGGUGCGCGGCAUACUGCCGGCCGGUUGGCGUCGGUACACCGUUCCGACCGGCUGCACCGUCAUCCAGUGGAUCACGGACUUUAGCCAGCGGGUUCAGCAGUUGCAGCGGGUUUCUUCGCUUGUCUCGCAAGCCGGUGCCAAGGAGCUGCAAAGUUUCCCCGUCUGGCUCGGUGGACUGUUCAAUCCGGAAGCGUACAUUACCGCCACGCGACAGUGUGUGGCGCAGGCUAACAGUUGGUCGCUGGAGGAGCUCGCCCUGACCGUCACCAUCACCGAGAGUGGUUCCGAUGGUUUCGACAACCUGAAGGACAGUAGCUUCGGCAUCACGGGCCUGAAACUGCAAGGAGCACAGUGCAAAAACAAUCAACUGCUGCUCACGUCGGCCAUCAUGACCGAACUACCGCUGACGCUACUCAAGUGGACACGCAUCGACUCGGAUGCGGCUGCACGGGCCGCCAAACUUACGCUGCCGGUUUACUUAAAUUCAACCCGCGCGGAACUUCUGUUCACGGUCGAUAUGACGGUGGCCCCUGGUCAAGAUCCACACUCUUUCUACGAGCGCGGUGUCGCGGUGCUGGCUUCGACGGCUCUAAACUAAAGAGCGCACCACGGUCAUUAUCACUAGAUGUUAUGGGACUCAUGCUAUUUAUUUACACACAUUGAACGACUACACGUCGCUGGCAACUAAACAUAUUAACCCAUUAAAAAGGCUCUUGUAACACGCGCUUUUUCUAGCUAAAAAAAAGUAACUGCUCGUUCCGAAGGAACGAUUCUCUUUUACUGUUCGCUUUAAAUAUUCAAAUAUUCAAUAAACAUAUAUAUCAUCAGCAAACACA